AUGGCGAAGAGCUCCCGCGCCAGCACGCGCAAGACCAACAACCAGCGCCUAAAGGCCAAGGUCUUCGGCCCCGUCGAAGCAGCCCGAGCCGAACGUCUCUCUGCCAAGCUCCUCGAAUUGGCUGCGCAGCCCAAGCCUCAGCCUGAAGGGGAUGAUAUGAAGAUUGUAGACGGUGCUGAGGAAGAUGCAACCAAGGAAGAAGAUGUUGCUACAGCAGAGGCCGAUAACACAAUGGACGUUGACAGCGCCAAACCCACAAGCAAACGCAGCGAUAAGAAGCGCAUUGAGAAGCGGAGGAAGACCAGCAAGAUCGUCUUCCCCAAGUAUGGCGACAAGAAGAAGACAAAGAAACGCUAG